AUGGGCCGUCGGCUCAUCCACGGUCUCUCUGGAGCCGCGGUCUUCCUUGUCAGUGUGGCUCUCCUCUCCAUGCGGCACCGUGGGGCUCGGGAAACAGCUCAGUACCCGGGGCUCAGCAAGGGGAUGUCGGAGAAGCCGGAGCGACGCAGCAAAGCGACCCAAGAGGGAGGUGAUGGCGGGGAGCAGAAGGACCUGCGAGCCCACCCUCCAGAGGGAUACAGGGCUGAGGGAAGCCUGGUGCUUGGGGACAUUUUCAUAGCCGUGAAGACGACCAAAAGAUUUCAUCAGAGCAGGAUGGAGCUGCUCCUGGACACGUGGAUAUCCCGGGCCAGAGAGCAGACCUACGUGUUCACCGAUGAAGAAGACGAUGCCCUGAAAAGGAGAAUGGGUGACCACGCAGUCUUCACCAACUGCUCUGCCGGGGACAGCCACCCGGCCCUCUCCUGCAAGAGUGAAAAGCACUCUCCCUGCCACAAACCUCUUGUGUCUUCAUUCCUGUCUCCCCACAGCUGGUUUUGCCAUUUGGAUGACGACAACUACCUGAACCCUCGGGCUCUCCUGAAGCUCUUGUCCUCUUACUCUGCAACAUGGGAUGUUUACCUGGGGAAACCCAGCCUGAACCGACCCAUCCGGGCCUCCGAAACGCUGCCAAACAACCAAACGAAAUCUGUGCGCUUCUGGUUUGCCACGGGAGGAGCUGGGUUCUGCAUCAGCCGCACGCUGGCAAGCAAGAUGGUGCCAUGGGCCAGUGGCAGGAACUUUCUGAGCACUUCAGAGCUCAUCCGCCUGCCGGACGACUGCACCGUGGGAUACAUCGUCGAGUGCAAAGUUGGCGGACAGCUGCUGCCCAACGCGCUCUUCCACUCUCACCUGGAGAACUUGCAGCUCAUCCCCCCCUCUCGGCUCAUGCAGCAGGUCACCCUCAGCUAUGGUGUCUUUGAGAACAAGCUCAAUGUUAUUGAACUCAGCGGCCCCUUCUCACCCCAAGAGGAUCCCUCAAGGUUUCGAUCACUACAUUGCCAUCUCUAUCCCGACACCUCCUGGUGCCAGCAGGCUGUUGGCUGGUGA